CGGAAGCUGUUUGCUGGGACACAGAGGAUGUGGCUGCUGUCGGUGCUGGUGCCUCUUCUCAGGCUCUAUUACUGCGGAAUCAAAGUUCUCAUCUAUCAGAUGUUCAACAGAUCUUUUACUCUACCAGUCUUACCCAAGCAAAAUGGAAGGGUUGCCAUUGUGACGGGGGGUACCAGAGGAAUGGGUUUUGAGACAGCGAGACAUCUGGCAAGCCUUGGCAUGCAUGUUGUCAUAGCUGGGAACGAGAGAGAAGAGGGGGCAGCAGCCGUCAAGAGGAUCCAGGAAGAAGGCAUCGAGGGGAGAGUGGAGUUUGUCUUUAUUGACCUGACCUCGCUGAAGUCAGUGCGACAGUUUGUUCAGACAUUCAAAAGCAGAGGCCUUCCCCUCCAUGUGCUGGUUAACAAUGCUGGAACCAUGAUGGUUCCUGAGAAUAAGACGGAGGACGGCUUCGAAUUCCACUUCGCGCUCAACUACCUCGGCCACUUCCUGCUGACCAACCUGCUGCUGGACACGCUAAAGAGGUCGGGAAGACAUGGCUGCUGCUCCAGGAUCGUCAACAUGUCCUCUGCAACACACUACGCAGGAGUGAUGCACAUGGACGACUUAAACAGGAGGAUCUGCUACAGUUCCCAUGGAGCCUACGCCCAAAGCAAGCUGGCUCUGGUUCUCUUCACCUACUAUCUGCAGGAGCAGCUGACGGCCGGCGGCUUCCCGGUGAUCGUCAACGCCGUAGACCCCGGCAUGGUUGACACGGCACUGUACGACAACCUGUGGACUCUGGCACAGGCAAUGAAGAAGCCAGUGGCCAAGAUUCUGUUCAGGACUCCAGCUGAGGGAGCAUCCAUCUCCGUCUAUGCUGCAGCUGCUGCUGAGAUGGAGGGGGUGGGGGGCUGCUACCUGUACAACAGCCACAAGAUGCAGUCUUCCGACUUGUCCUAUGACUCCGAGCUGCAAGUGGAGCUGUGGAAGAAGAGCUGUGAGCUGGUGGGGCUCCAGGAGGGCUGACGCAGAGUCAUUACAACAUCUGGAGCUCACGGAUUCCACUGAACUGCUGACACAGGAGCUUCAACAGCAGCUUAACAGUUAGAAGACACAUUACUGUAUGCUGAGGGAAAGUCAUCUCCAUGGUUGUGUAUAGAGAGCAAACAAAAUGACGUAUCUUUGUAGGCCAACCUGGAAGUUAGCAUCGCCACGGGAGUCUACAGAGAAAAUGCCUAAAAAUGCUUAAAAUAGUUCACUUAUAAGCUGUUGAUACAUAUUACAGCAUUAUAUGUCCAGAAAUGGUAGAAAAACGCCAUAUUAUGGGAUGUCCAAAAAUCGAAAGAAGCUACUUAUGUCAUAAUUGUGUAUGCCUAAAAAUGCUAAAAAUUGUCCAAUAGUCUGUUGAUACACAUUAGAGCAUAAUGUCUAAUGAAAUUACAGAUAAAUACCAUUUUGUGGGAUGUCCAAAAAUUGAAAAAAAGUUAACUAAUAUUAUGUGGAUUUCUGUCGAAAAGGGUCAAAUUUUAAAAUGCCCAAAAAUGCUUAAAUUAGUUCACAUAUAGUCUGUUGAUAGCAUUAUAUGUCCAGAAGUGACAGAAAAACACCAUAUUAUGGGAUGUCCAUGAAUUUAAAAAAAGUCAUACUAUAGUAUGUUGAUUUUUGUCAAAAAAGGGUCAAAUUUUAAAAUGCUUAAAAAUGCUUAAAUUAGUUCACUUAUAGUCUGUUGAUACAUAUUACAGCAUUAUAUGUCCAGAAAUGACAAAAAAACACCAUACUAUGGGAUGUCCAUGAAUUGAAAAAAAGUCAUACUAUAGUAUAUUGAUUUUUGUCAAGAAGGGUAAAAUAUUAAAAUGCUAAAAAUUGUCCAGUUAUAGUGUGUUGAUGCACAUUAGAGCAUAAUAUCUACAGAAAUUACAGAUAAACACCAUUUUGGAGGAUGUCCAAAAAUUAAAAAAAAGUUAAACAAUAGUAUGUUGAUUUUUGUCAAAAAGGGUGAAAUUUUAAAAUGCCCCAAAAAUGCUUAAAUUAGUUCACUUAUAGUCUGUUGGUACAUAUUACAGCAUCAUAUGUCCAGAAAUGACAGAAAAACACAAAAUAUUAAAAUGCUAAAAAUUGUCCAGUUAUAGUGUGUUGAUACACAUGAGAGCAUCGUAUCUAUAGAAAUUACAGAUGAACACCAUUUCACAUUCAGAAUCUGUGCCUUAGUUGCUGUUUUUACUGCAGUUUGCCAACUCUUACCUGUUUACACACACCUUUUUUAAAGACUUCUGUAUCAACACCAACCUUUUCAAUGGUCCAACAAGUCCACUGCCACUAUGAAAAAAAUAUAAUUACAUAAUCAUAUGCAUUUGUCAUGUGAACAGCCUAGUAAGAAUAUUGUCUUUUCUGGAAAAAGGGCAAAAACCAGAAAACUUAACACCACUGUGCCUAUUUAAACAUUACUUUGACUCUAUGUAAUGUUAUAUAUAUAUAUAUA